UUUUUCCCGCCCAUUCGCCUCAGCACCUCGGAGAGCGCAGCUCGUUGGAUCCUGUGCGGCUGAGGAAAGAGACGGAGCCUCUGAGCCUGUUCAACAUCCUGCGGGACUGUGUUUCCUCUUGUGGUACCAACCUCUCCUCACAACAAAGCGUCCACUCUCGUGCCACUGCCUGUGGGAUCUACCUCAAGGGAGACCCUCCACUCCCCGCAGCCUGGAGGCCCCCGUGCUAAUUGCUGCAAUUACCUCACAUAUUCAUCGACUCCUCCAGCCCUGGGACUGACAUUGCCCUGCCUGACUGUGUGGGACCGUGUGUGUACAGCAGCCACUGUAAAGGGCAAAUCCUAUUAUAUACAGCAGCCUGGGAACGUUACCUUUCAUUUGUAUAUCCAGACUAUUAGGGCUCUUUCUAUUGCUCUACCUUAGCUAUUGGGGGCAGCCUGUGUAUUGUGUGCCCACCAUAGUCUCUUUAUAUACAGUAUAGCAGCCUGUGUAUUGUGUGCCCACCAUAGUCUGUAUAGACAGUAUAGCAGCCUGUGUAUUGUGUGCCCACCAUAGUCUCUGUAUAUACAGUAUAGCAGCCUGUGUAUUGUGUGCCCACCAUAGUCUCUUUAUAUACAGUAUAGCAGCCUGUGUAUUGUGUGCCCACCAUAGUCUCUGUAUAUACAGUAUAGCAGCCUGUGUAUUGUGUGCCCACCAUAGUCUCUGUAUAUACAGUAUAGCAGCCUGUGUAUUGUGUGCCCACCAUAGUCUGUAUAGACAGUAUAGCAGCCUGUGUAUUGUGUGCCCACCAUAGUCUCUGUAUAUACAGUAUAGCAGCCUGUGUAUUGUGUGCCCACCAUAGUCUCUUUAUAUACAGUAUAGCAGCCUGUGUAUUGUGUGCCCACCAUAGUCUCUGUAUAUACAGUAUAGCAGCCUGUGUAUUGUGUGCCCACCAUAGUCUCUGUAUAUACAGUAUAGCAGCCUGUGUAUUGUGUGCCCACCAUAGUCUCUGUAUAUACAGUAUAGCAGCCUGUGUAUUGUGUGCCCACCAUAGUCUCUGUAUAUAGAGCAGCUUGGUCACUGUGUGCACCCUAAUGAUCUGUAUAUACUCCAGAGUGCGUAUGGGAAGAGGCUAAAGGAUUUGUGCCACAUCUGCUUACUAGUGAACCUAUAGGAUCUGUAUUUACACCUGUAUAUUAGGGACAUUAGUUCAUAUGACUGUGUAUUAGAGAGCACACAGGAAAGUGUUUCCGUACGUAGGUGAGGUGCCCAGCUGAGACCUGUGCGGGGGCUAAAGUAGUGGGAGAGCACAGGAGAGAGAGAGAGAGUGUUCUUGAAUGGGACACAGGUGCUUCAAUGUGUAGCGCAGGUUUGCUUUAAGGCAUUUGGAGAUAAUGGUGGGAUAGAAAAUGUGAGUAUAGGAGGUGCGGGUGGAAAUACUAGUAUAGGGAUUAGACCAGUAGGUUGGGCAGCAGUUAAAGGGAAUUUGGAAGGCAGAGAUAAAUGAAGGUACAAAAAUUGGACGAGCAGGUGCAGAAGCUUUUUGGAACUGGUUAACAGGAGCUACUGUAAGACUUGAGUGAAUGCCGAAGCUGUGUGUAGGAUACAACUUUUUUUGAGGUUUAUAUAGACAGCACAGGCCCUCAGUUUAUUUUGCUAUAGAAAAACUAUUUUGGAUGGUGCCGCUGUGUAAAAAUGUAUUUGAUCUUGACAUUUCUGACUUAUGCAACAUAUUGGUGUUAGGAGUGUGCCUAGCAUAUGUAUGAAGUAAUUCAUGAAAAACAACUAUAGGAACUGCGCAGAGGAGUAGGCAUUGCACUGGUGCAGAUAGAUGAUUUUAUGGGGCUUUUCUGUGAAAAGUCGAGGGAUAUUUCAGCUAGCUAUAUAAAUACUGUUGAAUAUGAGCUGCUAGAAGGCUGGUGCCAAUCAGUUUCGUUAGGACCGGCAUUUUGGAGGUGCCAAAGCAUCUGGAAGCAACUGCUGUAAAGAUAUAUAGGAAAACAUUAUAAGACUUCAAAAGAGUAAACCCAUUUUGUUAAUGUUGAGGGCUUGGUUUUCGUUUAUAUUUUUGAAAAACAUAUUUUUCCAAAACAAUAGACAUAGUUUAUAAAUGAUUUUACAUUUUAAUAUUUCAGGUAGAUUUAAAUAACUUUGGCAGGCAAUUUGGAUACGAUUAUUUGGAACCACAACACACAAUACAUAUUUGGGGACUAUUUUAUUAAGCACAAUUUAUGGAAGGAUGGCUUGGUUCAUUCACACCUAGCUCUGUUUUUAUUGCUACUUCUACUUGAUUUUCACCCGGUACAUCCCGAAUCUCUUCUGUUCCUUUAUACACUACUUGGGAAUGAAAACUGUGGUUCUUUAUUUUUGACCUCCAAGAGGUGACCAAAGAUGAAGAAGUUUCGUAAAGUUUUGGAUGGUCUGACAGUUGGUGGUGGAACUGUGGCAGCAGCAGGUGGCUACCCUGUGUAUUCAACCGGUCCCACAGGAGUGGUGGUGUCCCCUCGAGACAUGGAAGUUCAGGAGAACUUGACUUCUGACCAGUUCAAUGUCUGCAAGACUGUACGACAUGGAUUUCCACAUCAACCUACAGCUUUAGCUUUUGAUCCUGUACAGAAGAUACUGGCUAUCGGGUCACGGACUGGAGCUGUACGAAUAUUGGGCCGGCCUGGAGUUGAUUGCCAUUGCCACCAUGACAGUGGGGCAGCUGUACUGCAUCUGCAAUUUCUAAUUAACGAGGGUGCCUUGGUUAGUGCGUGUGCAGAUGAGACGCUUCAUUUGUGGAACCUGAGGCAGAAACGACCAGCCAUCCUUCAUUCACUUAAAUUUAAUAAAGAACGGAUCACAUGUUGCCAUUUACCGUUCCAGAGUAAGUGGCUGUAUGUUGGAACAGAAAGGGGUAACACGCACAUUGUAAAUAUCGAAUCCUUUAUUCUUUCUGGAUAUAUUGUCAUGUGGAACAAGGCAAUAGAACUAUCAACAAAAAGUCACCCAGGUCCAGUUGUACACUUAAGCGAUACCCCUAGAGAUGAGGGGAAGCUGCUAAUAGGUUAUGAAAGCGGAACAAUAGUUCUCUGGGAUUUGCGAUCUAAAAGAGCCGACCUAAGAUUUCAUUACGACGAGGCCAUUCACUCUAUUGCCUGGCACCAUGAAGGGAAGCAGUUUAUGUGCAGUCAUUCAGAUGGGAGUCUCACGGUAUGGAGCGUAAAGAACCCCAGCAGACCCUCUCAAAUCACUGUUCCCCAUGGGAAAAGUCAAAGAGACGGGAGGAAACCUGAACCAUGUAAACCAAUUUUAAAAGUAGAAUACAGGACAUGUAAAAACAGUGAACCCUUUAUCAUUUUCUCGGGAGGACUGUCCUAUGAUAAAGCCUGCAGGAGACCCAGCUUAACUAUCAUGCACGGAAAGUCCAUCACAGUCCUUGAAAUGGAUCACCCAAUUGUAGACUUUUUAACUCUUUGUGAAACUCCAUACCCCAAUGAAUUCCAGGAACCAUAUGCUGUAGCAGUUCUGCUGGAGAAGGACCUUAUCAUUAUUGAUCUUACACAGAGCAAUUUCCCAAUCUUUGAGAAUCCCUACUCCAUGGAUAUCCAUGAAUCACCGGUCACCUGCACUGAAUAUUUCGCAGACUGCCCUCCCGAUCUGAUUCCAGUGCUUUAUUCAGUAGGAGCUAAGCACAAAAAGCAAGGCUACAGCAACAAGGAAUGGCCAUUAACAGGAGGAGCCUGGAACCUGGGAAGCCAAACUUAUCCUGAAAUCAUUGUUACAGGGCAUGCUGACGGCUCUGUCAAAUUUUGGGAUGCUUCUGCGUUCACCCUCCAGAUGUUAUACAAACUGAAAACCUCAAAGGUAGUUGAGAAACAGAAGCCGGGAGAAGGGAAGCAAACCGCAGAAAUAGUGGAAGAGGAUCCAUUUGCCAUCCAGAUGAUCUCCUGGUGCCCCGAGAGCAGAGUCUUCUGUGUGGCUGGUGUAUCUGCUUAUGUUAUAGUUUAUACAUUUAGCAAACAUGAAGUGCUCAUGGAUAUAACGUCCUUAGAAGUUCGGCUGCAGAAUGAGGUUGAAGACAUCAUUACUCCUGAUCCAGAUAAUAUCACUCCAUCUCCCGAGCCCACGUCUCAGCCUCUGUGCUUAAAGAGCAGGAAUCUGUCAGGCAGUGCAAACAUAGCGACAGAUAGUAUCCCAUGCCUAAGUGUGAAGAGUCGCCCAGUAAGGAUGCCUCCAGGGUACCAGGCAGAGCUUGUCAUUCAGCUUGUGUGGGUGGAUGGAGAGCCCCCUCAGCAAAUUACUAGUCUAGCUGUGAGCUCUGCUUAUGGCCUAGUUGCCUUUGGAAACUGUAAUGGCUUAGCAGUGGUGGAUUAUAUCCAGAAAACCAUUUUACUAAGCAUGGGAACUAUCGAUUUAUACGGCUCCAGUGACCCGUAUCAGAGGCAGCCACGUUCACCGAGGAAGAGUAAGCAGUUCACUGCAGACAACUUUUGCAUGCGUGGCCUGUCUAAUUUUUACCCAGAUUUAACGAAAAGGAUCCGUACUUCUUAUCAGAGUCUAACAGAACUCACCGACAGUCCUGUUUCCCUGGAGCUGGAACGCUGCAAGUCCCCCACUUCAGUUAAAGGAUCGAGAAAGUUAAGUCUGCCAACAGAUCUUAAGACUGAUCUUGAUCAUGUUAACGGCCACUGCACGAGUCCUACGUCUCACACUUGCAUUUCGGGUAAACGCACCAUCACUGCUGAUGGAGUGAAAGCCAAUCGUAGAGGUCCAGGUCGGCCACCUUUUCGGAAAGCGCAGUCUGCUGCCUGUAUGGAGAUAUCCUUGCCAGUCACCUCUGAAGCAGUAGGUUACAUUUCCAGACGGGCAAUGCUUCAGCAAUUACACGGAGUCAGUACUUUCUCAAAUGACGAGUGCCACUAUUCUUCCAACACGUGGGCCGACAAAGAAAGCCGUGAGAAUUCCUUCAACCGCUCUCGGAGCUCCAGCGUGUCCAGCAUCGACAAGGAUUCUAAGGAGGUCAUUACCGCUCUCUACUUCAUGGAGUCCUUUGCCCGUAAGAACGACCAGUCACUCUCCCCAUGUUUGUGGAUGGGGAGCAGCCUUGGAAUGGUUUUGCUCAUUUCUAUUAACAUGCCUUCUACAGAGGAGCAAAGACUAACGGAGCCGGUGAUGGUGUCCCCGAGUGGUACUGUAUUAAUGCUGAAGGGAGCCAUACUGACCUUCUCUUGCUUGGACUGCACCGGCACCUAUAUACAUCCACCUUAUGAGAUCUGGAGAGACCCCAACAGCGCAGAGGAGAACGAGAGAACACGAAAACGGAAACUGGUCACAUUCUCUCCCUCAUCUUCCCAGGAUAUGGGAGAUCACCAGUUUGCCGUUAUCUGCUCAGAAAAACAAGCCAAAGUUUUCUCCCUUCCCUCUCAAACAUGUUUGUAUGUGCACAACAUCACUGAAACCUCCUUCCUCCUGCGGGCUGAUGUGGUCACCAUGUGCAACAAUGUUCUGCUGGCAUGUUUCUGUGCAAACGGCCAUAUUACGACAAUAAGCCUCCCCAGUCUUCGUCCAUUGCUGGAUGUAAAUUACCUGCCCCUCACAGAUAUGAGAAUAGCACGGACUUUCUGCUUCACUAAUGGGGGGCAAGCUCUGUAUCUGGCGUCUCCCACUGAGAUCCAGCGGAUAACCUACAGCCAGGAGAUGUGUGACAGUCUGCAGGAGAUGCUGGGGGACCUGUUCUCACUAGUACAGACACCAGAGGCACAGAACAAGGGCUUCUUGACCGUCUUGUUUGGUGGAAGUGCUCAGACGUUUGACAGAGAAGAGCUCUUUGGUGAGGCCACAGCAGGAAAAGCCUCCCGGAGCCUUGCACAGCAUAUCCCAGGGCCUGGAGGAAUUGAGGGGUUGAAAGGGGCAGCGACUGGGGUUGCAGGUGACUUGCACAGAGCUCGCAUUGCUCUGGAUGAGAGAGGACAGAGGCUGGGAGAGCUGGAAGACACUACAGCAGCCAUGAUGUCCAGUGCUGAUGCUUUUUCUAAACAAGCACACGGGCUGAUGCUGAAAUACAAAGACAAGAAGUGGUACCAGUUUUAAACAGAGAGAAGGAGAGAUGUGAUCCUUUCUAUGGACCAGUACUUAGAACUUUUGCCCAUGUGUGGGUUACUCAGCUCCAGCAUUCUCCACUGAUGCAGUGUCCAACACCUUCCACAGAGGUGGCCAUACUGCUCCCAGAGGAGCAAAUCAGAACUGCACCUCAUUUAUGUUGUUAAGCCCUUUGCUGUCUGAGAAGACUAAAGGACUUUAGGAAAGAAAAGGUCCUUCCAGGAGCCAAAGGCUCAAAUCUACAUUAGAACUAUCCUCCAAAAGAUUCGGAAGAGGGCAUGUCAGCUUUUGUGUUUUCUAAAAUCAAAAAUAUAAAUGUCCUGUAUCCUGUACAAUCUAGGAUGUUAAUCGCACUCAAUUGAAGAAAAAAAGAAAAAUGUAAAAAAAAAUAAUUUGCAUGACAAGUUUCAACCCGAGAAUAGGCGCAUGCUGUAAGGUACAGGUGAGAAAGGAACAAUCUGAGGGAGCGUCGAGUAUUUCUAGUGUGGGAUGGGGCAGUAUUCUCAUUUGUGUGCCUAUUUAUUGCGCUUUCAUUUGCCAUAUCAAGCUUUGUUUCACUGUGUUAAGCCCAACCUAGAGGUGCCCUGAGCAGCAUCAGCAUUUAGCUUGUCAUAGAUUCAGUUCCCUGUGUGCACAGCUGUACAGAUGUGUAAAGAGACUUGCACAGCAAUUGGGGGGUCCCAAAAGUGUCCAGUGCGGAUGUUAGAUUAUUACUAUUGACUCUAAAGGUUGGGACAGCCGUGCCCUGUCCUGAUUAUCUUCUUCUGUAAAUGAUUUACAAAAGCCAAUGUUUUAUGGAAGUGAAUAUGGCGAGGUGUCGGCUGAUUUCAAGAGGUAGGUGCCCAAUGUCACAUUCUUUCAAUAGAGUAGUUCAAAUGAGAUUUAAAAAAUGUAUGUGUUUGAAAAUAAAGUGUAAUUUGAGAUCCCUAUAA